GUAUGCUGCCAUUGGACGCGUAACGGACGCUAGCAUCAGACCGAUGAGUCCAACGGACGUCGUGCAGGCGCUCAACCGCAUGAUCGAGUUUAUGUGCACGAGGGCCGAGUUUCGGGUGAUGCAGGUGAAGGCUUCCAUUCUAGCAACAUCCAAGAUGAAUGGUGUCGGCGUUCACCCAUCCCCUGACAAACCACCGAAACAGGGUGACAGGCAAAGAGAUCAUGUGCGUGGUCUGGCCGAGUUCAACUCAAAGGAUGGUAUCAUGGUUGGAGACUUCUCAGCGACGGAUCUGGCUGGCAUGAAGAGCGAGUCACGCCUGAGCCACAUCAAGGCGUACCAGUCAUGGCGGACUGACCCACUUGGGUACAUGGCGUACGGGCAGGUCAACUGUAAAAAAGACACCGCACACUAUCCCGCGAUGUGGAAGUACACAUCGAGUUGCAUCCAGUACCAAUUGACGGAGAGCACAGCAAACCUGAGGAUCCUUAGGCUGUGUGGCGUGUACACCCAGGACCCCGAAAGUGACAGACACGUGUUACAAAAGCCUGUCGAUGUGUACAACACAACGCUGUCGUAUGGAGCGCUGAUGCUGGGGUUGACCAACUGGGCAGCAAUGGAGCUUGGGGUGACUGUCUUUGACCACAACCGACUCGGACGUAGAUGGCGAUGCUUACCUGAUGACUACCUGAGUCUUUGGCCGCUGCUCACUAAUGGCUUUGUGAUUGAGACUUCGGAGCACACUGACAGACUAGUCGACGAAGUGGUCUGGCAACACCGUUGGGGAUGGCUGAUGAAUCAGUGGAAAGAUGCGGCAGACGUAAACUCAGCCUGGCUAGACACACACUACAGCUGGAAUGUCCCAUGGUGGUACGUCGCUGCAGUCGCGGAUAAAUUCGGGCACAAGUUCACCUGUGCCACAGACCCUGACGGUGAGCUGAUCAUGGAUGAGGACUACUCGUUUUCGGACAACAUGUUGGGUUGGCUAAUUGAACCAGCUAAAAGCACCCAAUUCGAUCUGAGUUUGCUGACAUCAUCCAGCCAGUACGAGAAGAGGGUCAGCAAAAGCAAGCCAGCGUACUUCGACAUACUGACGCCAACGAGUAACGGCAAGGCAGAGGCGUACCACAUGUUGUCUUGGAAUCCGUAUUUUCUCCAGGACACCAAGAAGUUGCAGUACCGUACCAGAUCAGCGGUAUCCAAGCCAGACUACAACGGCAUAGUGGAGCUGAACAUCGUGGUAUUUCCAAGCGCCAGAAUCGGAAAAAUGAAGACGUGCCCACGGGCGUUCGUGUCCUCAGAAAACCGUAUCGAUGGUUCUGACCCCAACACGUAUCCGUUCGUCACAGGCGGUGUAGCCGUUAUACAAAGGCUGCUGGUGGGCGAUUACAUCGGAGCGAUAAACGAUCGGUGUACUCGAAGACACAUCCACAACGCACGUUCGACAACCCGAUGUCGUGUUACCUUCAGGUUCUGGAAGAGGUCACCCUUGAUAGUGACCACCCCACCCUGAUACUUUACCGAUGGAUAAUGUCGCAGACCUAUGCAAUAGUAUAGGAUAUACUUUAUAACAUUUAUAUAUCCUUGGAGUCUGAGAUGCCAUGAAUCGAACCCAUCCCGAAGAGAGCAAGCCCGAACUAUACCCAUCAUAUACUGAAACUCGCUUUCGACAUCAAAAUAUACCGAAAAGUAUAUAAGCGGUGUAAACGGUCACUCUCUCUCGACAACGUUUUUUAAACUGUUUCGCGUUUUUUGUAAGUUUUUAAACAAUUAUGGGACUAAAUAAACAUUAAAUAUUAGCA